CAACUCUACCACAGUACAGGUGAGCACUUGGUUCGUACUAGAAAAAGGGUUGUACUGUCAGGUACAGUACAAGUACACGUACGUGGGCAGCUGUACUAAAUUGAUUGCAUGGAAUUGAUCGCCGGUAACAUAAUGACGACCAAUCUAAAACAACCCGAUAAGGUUCAACUUUCCACAUGGAUUGACCCGUCCAAACGACACAAUUUUACCUUACUGUACAAGAUCAGCCGUGACGGAUGUAACGCUCAGACCUUCCAUAGUCUCUGUGACAACAAAGGGCCCACAGUCACCGUCCUGUACAAUACAAGUGAAUCAGUUUACGGGGCGUAUACUGCUGUCAGCUGGCAAUCAAAUGGUUCUUAUAGCAUCGACGCAAAAGCAUUUUUGUUUAAACUAAAGUAUAAUGGUACAGCACAUUCCAUGAAGUUUCCCAAUAAAACGGACGGGAAAAAAGCAAUCUAUGGACACGCCAACUAUGGGCCAACAUUUGGAAGUGGAUAUGAUUUGUAUUGCUUUAGUGGAACUAUAAAUAAAUCCGGAAUUAUUUUCCCAUUGAAUGGUUCUGCCACAUUAGGAUAUGCGUACGACAUGCAGGGACAAGACUACAACACUGUAAUGAACGGCCAUUUAGAGGUCCUGGAUCUUGAGGUUUAUAGUGUUCAAGAACGCAUGCUCCUUCAAAAGCCCUGGAUCCGGAACGUUGAUUGGAGCCAGAAGUUUGAGCAGGAGAUAAAGGAAAAAGUGGCCACCUAUAAACCAUUACCCGGAUUGGACCUCCAGCAGAGGAGGAUCCUGUUGGUCGGUCAGGUCGGGGCAGGGAAGUCUAGCUACUUCAACACCGUCAACUCCAUCUUCCGAGGGCAUAUUAGCAGCCAGGCCAACGUUGGAACUACGGAACAACAUAGUCUUACAACAUCCUACCGGAUGUAUGAAAUACAUGACGGAUAUGGCAGCAAAACUUUCAACUUUCGGUUAUGCGACACACGUGGCCUAGAAGAGAACCAAGGUAUUGAUGAUCAAGAUAUUUGUUAUUUACUUGAUGGUCACGUGCCUGACAGGUAUCAGCCUGACGCCCUGGGAUUCGUGAAAAAUCCAAUGCAGUCUGAUAAAAUCCACUGUGUGGCUUUUGUCCUGGACGCUAGUGAUGUUGACGACAUUCCCGAGAAAGUCCUGGAACGGAUUAAAGCAAUGCAGCCGCGGAUGAACCAUAGAGGUAUACCCCAAGUGGUAUUGCUGACUAAAAUCGAUGAAAUAUGUGAGGAGACUUCAGAAGACCUCAGCAAUGUCUUUUUCAGCACAGUGGUAAAAGAGUGCGUAGACAAGGUUGCUUCGUUGAUGGGUCUGCCCCGGUCACACAUUCUUCCUGUCAAAAACUACGAAUGUGAGGUAGAGCUUGAUCAGAACAUAAACAUUCUGGCACUCCUCAGUCUCAGACGAAUUCUUAAUUUUGUCGACGACUUUCUGUUCAACAAAUCUGAUGAGAUCGCAGCUGAAAAAAUGAAACGCUUGAAAGUUAGUGACUAGACCUAGUACAUAGAGGACCUAUGGUAUAGUUAGUAUCAUUUGUUUUUAGGUAAAUCAAGCUUUCAAGAUAAUAGCUGUUGAACUAAAAACGAUUUUCUAAAAGCAUCCGUUUAUUUAUUUUUUCUUGUGAAAAAAACACUUUCAAAAUACCUUAAAUGACAGGCUAUGGAUUAAUCAAAUUUGUAAGUUUUAACAGAAUCAAUGGCUACUCAUUUGAUGAUAACAAAUGUGUUUCAUCCAGUGACACGUGUAGACGAUGCUCUCUAUUUUCUACAUCUUCAUGUAUCAACACUGUACAUAUGAACCUAGAUAUCAACUUAUGUUGUAAAUGCUACACUUUUCAACGACAUAUAUGAUUAAACCUUACACAUCGAUAUUGAUGGCCUUCGAUGUUGGUGGCUUAUUUUUUACCCGAUGGUAUAACGUUCAUUUUUUAAAAGAUAUAAAAAACAUCAUAUUGAUUGAAUUUAAAAGCGUAUUCGAUCUAUGACAUUGUCAACUUUUAUGCUGAUCUUUGUUAUACGUUGAUUUUGUGAUAAGGUAUGCAAACAAGGUUGUGUCACAUUUAAAGAAAUAUUUAUUAAACUGAGAAGCUAAGUUUCUUAUCUACAUGUACUUAAAUGUCUUACAAUGCAUCAAGAUGGUAAUGCAGCCAGUACAAUUCGUGGAUACCAAUAUUGAGGUGACUGAGGUGACAAUGGUGACGGGGGUAAAGUCUUAUUCAAGUUAGUCAGCAGGGAAAACAUAUAUACAACACAGCAGAUGAGGUCAUAGUGCAGCUUAUAAAGGGACUAUUGCCGUAUAUUUCAUACCUAGGAAACAGGAAAUCGGUGCUCUAAAUGGUUAAAUAGACUGAAAAUAAAGAAACAUGCGUAGCUAUUCCGUCAACUUUGUUGUAUAUUAACAUUUCUUUCGAAAUUGAAAAUCUCGGCUGGUGUUUGUAUAUCGUUUAUCUCGAAGAUUGCCAAUUUGAUCACAUGAUCUGUCACGUGACAAUUUUGUUUUCUCUCCGUCAAAACUAAAAUAGAUUCCGAAGUUAAUGUAAACACAGACACGUGUGUCAGAUUUUACACCUUGUGUUCCCUUUUUAUACACUUUUAGUUGCAGGAUAAUACAAUAUAAUUUUAAAACCAAUCAAUUACAAUAAUCACAAAUAAUUAAGGCAAGUUGGUCAUGGUCUGCGCUGUCGACGAAAUUUGUGGAGGCUUAAUAGGGGUAUCACUAAUCUUUUUGAGCGGCACAUAUUGAUAAACAUUAAUCAACUUCUUUUUAAGUUAACUAUUGGAGUGUGAUCAAGGAGAAUAUAUUUCCAUCGUGUUAA